UCGGGAAAGCAGUACAUGCGCAGGAACGCACUUGUCGCAAACUUUUCCAUUUCUCCGUGACACGAACUGAACGCGCGAACAUUUCAAAUUUACGGCAUUUAAACAAAAUGUGAUGAGUUUAUACUAAAGAACAAUAAUAGAGUGACCAUGUCGCCUUUCAAAUUCAUUUUUAGAAUUAUUCAAAUUGUGUUUUUGACUCUGUUUAUUAUGUACUUUGACACAAUAGUAAAAGGUCAAGUGCAAAGUGAGAAAAUCCCGAUCGGUGUGGUAUUCGAUCAGAAUACAGAUGAAAUCCAGAAUGCAUUCAAAUUCGCGAUGGUGCAGCAUUCAAAUCCAAAUCGAACUCGACUGGAUUUUCAGUUGUACGUGGAUAUCAUUAACACGGCCGAUGCAUUCAAGUUAUCCAGACUCAUAUGUAACCAGUUCGCCCGUGGAGUGAUAGCUAUGCUGGGCGCAGUCACCCCGGAUUCCUUUGACACAUUGCAUUCUUAUACCAACACCUUUCAAAUGCCCUUCGUCACACCGUGGUUUCCUGAAAAGGUAAUACCACCGUCUUCGGGAUUAAUCGACUACGCAGUCAGCAUGAGGCCUGAUUAUCAUCGAGCUGUUAUAGACACAAUUACAUUUUAUGGGUGGAAAAAUGUCAUUUACAUCUACGACUCACAUGAUGGUCUCCUCCGACUGCAGCAGUUGUACCAGAGCCUCCAACCAGGCAACGCUACAUUCAGAAUUUCCAACGUAAAACGAGUCAACAACGCGACCGAUGUUGUUGAAUUUCUUACAGCAAUAGAGCGGCUCGACCGCUGGAGUAACAAAUACGUUGUACUUGAUUCAACAACACAACUCGCGAAAGAUGCUCUAAUUUUGCACGUACGUGAUGUGCAACUUGGACGUAGAAACUACCAUUAUUUCCUCAGUGGACUAGUAAUGGACGAUCGUUGGGAGAAAGAAGUCACAGAAUUUGGAGCCAUUAACAUAACUGGAUUUAGAGUCCUAGACUUCUCUAGAAAAGUAGUGCGGGACUUUAUAGACGUGUGGAAAAAGGAUUCAGUUUCGGCUCAAGCAGCUCUCAUGUACGACGCCGUUCAAGUCCUAGUCGACGCAAUAUUACGUCUUCUACGAAAGAAACCUGAUAUUUUACGAGGUACAAUGCGACGCAACGCGAAUUUAAACACGAGCAGGAUUAUCGACUGUAACCCUAAGGGCAAGAUAACACCAUACGAGCACGGUGACAAGAUAUCCAGGAUGAUUAAAAAGACGGAGAUAGAUGGUUUGACUGGCACCAUACGGUUCAAUGAAGAAGGUCACAGGAAAAACUUCACGUUACAAGUUAUGGAACUUACUGUCGAUGGAGAUAUGGUGAAGAUCGCAACAUGGUACGACCACAAGGGUUUCGUCCCAGCAGUCUCCAAACUGUCGCCGCUCAGUAUCCCAGGGCUGUACAACCGCAACAAAACAUACAUAGUGUCCACCAUCGAAGAACCUCCGUACAUUAUGCGGCAGAGCCCUGACCCCCAAGGAACUAACGACCCUUACAAGGGAUUCUGUAUCGACCUUGCCAACAUGCUAUCGGAGAAGUUAGAAAUCAAAUAUGAAAUACGGUUGGUCAAAGAUGGCAAAUACGGAAAUGAAAAUCCCAAAAUAGUUGGUGGUUGGGACGGUAUGAUUGGAGAAUUACUAAGAAAGGAAGUAGACAUAGUUAUAGCACCACUAACAGUAACAUUAGAGAGGGAGACCGUGGUAGACUUCAGUAAACCUUUCUUAUCCUUUGAUCUUAAACCAAGUAGUGGUAUUAGUAAGGACCGAGGCACUAUAUUUAGCUUCCUUAAUCCACUUUCGAAAGAAAUUUGGCUAUGUAUCAUAUUCAGUAUCUUCGCCGUUAGUGUGGUUUUAUUUCUUGUGUCGAGAUUCUCCCCUUACGAGUGGCGGGUUGUCUCCUUUACCGACACCCAGUCGUCUGAGCACACGGAAGUUGCAACUACUAAGACUACUGUCAUCAAUGAAUUUAGCUUCUGGAAUUCUAUGUGGUUUUCGUUGGGCUCGUUCAUGCAGCAGGGAAGUGAAAUUACUCCGAGGUCUAUGUCUGGGAGGAUAGUCGGUUCAGUGUGGUGGUUCUUUACACUAAUAGUAAUAUCCUCAUACACCGCAAACAUGGCAUCUUAUUUAACACUCGCACGUAUAUCAGAACCCAAUCAUUCUUAUGGGAAAAUUGCCACGUGCCCCGAGGAUACAUCAGAGACACAAAGAGGCAUUGCAAUUCCUCACGAUAAUGCUGCAGAUGAGCAUGGCUGGCUAGCUUUUCUUAUUGACAAAUCAGCUAAUUCACCAGACAAUGUUCACCAACCACCUUGCGAGAUGCUCGUAACAAUUUCGAGUACUGGAGUAAAAGACUUUGCUAUUGCACUACCCAAAGGAUCCAAACUUCGGGACGGCGUCAACUUAGCAUUACAGUCUCUAAAGAAUGAAGGUGAAAUACAAAAGCUUGUACGUAAAUGGUUCACGAAGGCUGAAUGUGAUAUUAGUGAUCAGAACAUUCGAGGAACCGAGUUAACAUUGAGUCAAGUAGCAGGACUGUUUUAUGUAUUGAUGGCGGGCUUGGCUCUUGCUCUCGCUGUCGCACUUCUUGAAUUCUGCCAGCAUGGACGAGCAGAAGCAGCGCGCGCAAAUAUACCACUUGGGACAGCCUUGAAAGCCAAAGCUCGCUUGGCAUCGCGUGCGGAACGUAAAACUCCUCCACAACGCACACCACAGCGUGACCACGAUCGUCUAGGGUGGAACGGGGGUGCAUUUACUGGUUAUUAUUCACCAGCCAACCAAAUCGGACAAGAGGAGACAGCUCUUCACGCCAGUUUCACGCAGGUCUGAUCCUCAACCAGGGACGCUGGCAUCCUCCGCCGGCCGUCCCACUCGAAACAACUUUCAAGCUCAGUUGAUCUUUACCAACUGUAAUCAAAAUCGAGUAGGUAAUUGCAGGUAGUCUAUUGAUAGUGCUCUAUUUGUUUAUUUGUGUAUUAAAUCAAUUAUUAUUACAAUUAAAAUGAAUACAAUUAAAAACGAGAUCAUUAUCUCGUUUUUAAUUAUAUCACGGUCAAAACCUUUACCAAUACAGUUCGUAAAAUUAAACUCAACAAUUGAACAUCUUGUUAAACAAUCUAUAGUUAUUUCAAAUUCUAUACAAGACAUUUUAAAAAAUAAUAUUUAUAUACAAGUAGUAUUUUUAGAUAUUAUUAUACUCAAAUCACGCUUUAUUAAUACUUUAAAAAAUAUUGAUACUUAUUUUAAUACAAAUAAAAAAAUACCCCUCCAAAAAAGUACUAUCAAUAGAUCGUCUACAUCAAAGAAACAGACUUAACCAUAAUGGUACGAUUAGGUAUGAUUGAGUAGGAGAGUUUGAGGAACUGCUUUUAAAAGUCUUCUAAUCAAAAAUGUAUGAAUCUUUAAAUCUUCUUUACAUGAAAGUAUACUAUACGAUUUGGGCUUCCGUUUUUGGUUAGAGGACGUUUUACUUAUAUUGUGGUAAUUUGUGUUACAAAAUUACAUCUAUAAAUUAGAUGUACUGUAAAUACUACUACGUCGACUCAUUCCGAAAUUCCUUCUCCAUUCCUUUUUUAAUAUUAAUAUUGUUUAAUGUGGAAAUACGUGUAUUAAUAAUAAUGUUUUGUGGUUGUAUUAAAACAUUCCCUUAUUGUUGUUGUAGAGGUUUCAUCGGAUAAUUGUUGUACAAUUAUAGUCACUAUUUAUAAUUUAAAUAAAUACUGUACAUGAUCGAUAAACGUUAGUAGGAGAUGAACAUGAUUAUUGAUAUAUAAUGUGUAUAUAUAAACUCUUAAAAGAAGAAAAUACGAGUAUGACACUACCUAUCUUUUAAUUUUGUUGUAUUAAAUUUUCAUCCGCUUAGAUAGCCAGCAUAAACCUAUCGACUGAUAUUAAUUUUAAGUAAAAUUGUCGUUAUAAUAUAAUCUUUUGGAUUAUUUUAUAUGAGUGAACUUAAUGUUACAUUUAUGUGUAUAUUUUUUUAAUAGAGGGAAUAUUUUUCGGUUUUAUAAAAGUAUGAGUAAAAGUACUAAAUAUUUGCCACAAACUAUAAUUUAUUUACGCUAUAGCGUAAACAGCGUGGCGGAUUUUUAGACAUGGGAUAUCGUUACAUUUAUUUGAAUUAUGGGAAUGCAUACAUGAUAAUCACACUAAGUAAAUCUGACCGUCAUAUACUUUUUGUAACAUU